CGCACACAACACAACACUCUAAUUCUCUCUCCCAGAUUUUUCAAUUUCAAACCUAAAAAAGAAAAAUAAAAAAAGAAGUGGAAAAAGGUUUGAUUUGAGGUUUUGAAGACGAGACAUCCUCUUCUCCUCCUCCUCCUUGACAUGCUCAUUCUCUUCCGAUUCGUACUUCGUUUCCUCUACCGAUCAUUUUCCAGAGUCAUGGGUUGCUUCUUCGGUUGCUUCAGGUUCAGAGACGAUCGCCGCCUCCCAACUGCCCAGCUCGUCGCUGAUCAUUCCCGUUCCAAAUCUGGUGAAGCUGUGGUAUCUCGAAAUCAUCUCUCUUCUUUAUUUUUAUCCGAAGACAAAGAAGAUGCUCCACGCGAUGCGAGGAUACAAGUUGGCUUGGGAUCUCAGAUGGAUGACAAGGCGCUUAUGGAUGAGGCCAAGUUUCUUAAAGCUUGCGGUACUUUGGCUGGGACCCCUGCUGAUAUCCGGAAAGCAUCUCGGAAACUGAAACCGUCACCUUCUUGUAGCAAGGAUUAUGAAUCUUCACGGUUUCAUUCUUGGCUUCCUAAUGCAUCUGUUGAGAAGCUCCAGUUGGAUGUUCAGACUCUUGAUCCCCCAACUCCCAUAAAACCUGGUGAACAAUGGGGAGAUGGCAGGGAUUCUUUAGACCGCACACCAAGCAGUUGUAUCUCCAAUGCACAAAACACUCAAAGUGACUCUGCUGACUCAACUGAAGGAAGUAAAGCAAGGAGCCUUUAUACCGUUGGCAAGACUUGUGAUAAUCGAUCUGAAAAAAAUGCAGCUUCAGUUUCUCCAUGGCCAACGGUUGCAGACAUUCAGAGAAAGAACAAGUCCGUACGUUUUGAAUGUGAUACUGAUUUCUCUUCCUGUGGGAGUUCUUCUGAAUAUGGUGGGGGUCCUAUGAAGAAAACAGAGUCACCAAACAAUCAGAGUGCACACAAAUCAUCACCUUACGCAACCCCUAGGAAACUAUCUGAUGAAAUGCAAACACCUGGAACUGUGUACCCUGCAACAUUAGAUGAUUUUCCUAAUGGUAAGCCUCGAGUUAGGUCCCAGUUUGUGUAUGCAUUUCCAAGAACACGAGAGAAUCUCUCUCAGUGCAAGGUGCUUGAGGAAGAAGAUUUAAACACUGAGCAAGAUUCAAGUGAUCUGAGAUCUUCUCAUGAGCAGCCUCAAAAUUCAACUCCUACAAUAGAACAGUCAAAGCAACACUCAUAUGAAAAUGAAUCUAAAGUGGAAGAAAGCUUAUCUACUUGGUUGAAGCCUGCAUCAGUCAUUGAGGCAGAGAGAAGGAAGAGAAUGGAGGCUGCUUACAGUCAGAUUCCUCUUUCUCGUAAAACUCCUGCAGAUAGGCCUAUCAUUGGGAUGGUUGCAGCUCACUGGAACGAAGAAGAAUCCGAAAUUCCUCCCCCAAAGUGGUGGGAUGGCAAUGGCAUACCAAAUUCAACGAAUAAGUAUAAGGAAGAUCAGAAAGUAAGUUGGCAUGCAACACCAUUUGAAGAGCGGUUGGAGAAGGCACUGUCUGAGGACAGCUUUGUCUCUCAAAGGAAGAAUGUAUGUGGAAAGCCCAUUGCUUUUGAUGACAAUGAAGAAAGUGAUACAGCUCUAUCUCAGAUGCAAACCUCAAGUCAUCCGCAAUCUGUAGUGACAUUUUGAUAAAUCUAUCAGUUGGUCAUUACUCAUUCCUCAAGUAUCGGUUGGUUUGUAAUAGGGUGAUGGCAGUUGAAUUACCAAUCCGAUUAUAAACACUUUUUGGUGGUAAGGUAGGCUACAAAGUGUGCCGGCGCUUGCAUUGUACAAAAAGUAAUGAGAAUUUGAGUUAAUGGGGGUAUUGGAUUAACGGAGCUUAGGGUCCGUGGACUUUAAUUAAUUUAUUUUGUAAAAUACAUUAAUUUAUUGUGGACUUAUUAAAAGAAUUAUAACAA